AAUGUCGUGGCAGCGUUGUUACGGUCAUCACGUCUAAUAUCCUGAACAAAAAUAAAUCAUAAAAGAUUUAUUUUCGAACAGAGUCAUAAUGAAUUUCGCUCAUUUAAUUGUAUUUGUAGUGGUACAUUUUACGUGUACAAAAUUUAUUAACGCAUAUACAACAGAGUUAAAAGAGCCAUAUUUAAAAAAUUAUGAUAUAUCUAUGUCAAGAAUUUACAAUUUACAAAAAAACAACAAUGAUUCCAAUAGCUGUUCUAGACCAGAUUAUGAUAAUAGUACUUCAAAUGUUUGCGGUCGUUUUAAAAUUAAAAUUUAUUCAAAAACAAAUGGUAUCGGCAUGCCGAUACAAUUUAACGGAAGAGCAUUGAAGUCUCAAAAAAAUGACUUUGAAUUUAUCGCAGACACAUUUUAUUCCGGCAACAUUUCUACAACCAAAAACGUAAGGUAUGAUUCAUCUGCAUGGUUCAUCGACAAAUAUUUCAUAGAUUUUGAGUCAGCUUAUACACCUACAAAUGCUCCAGGAGGUAUGCUAUACUACUAUCCAAGUACAGAUGUUAAUAUAAGUUGGACUCCACGCAAAACGGUUAAAGGAUGUUUUUCAAUAACAUAUAGAGAUAGUUUUAAUGUUGAUUCAGCAGGAAAUGAAGAAUAUAAUAAAUAUUAUAGUCCAGUAUUAUUUAUACAAGAAAACGGCAAAAAUAUUCCUAUUGAGAGAGUCUUAUUACCAAUUACGGAGACAAUGAUGAUACUGCGAACUGAUUAUUUUUUUUUUAAAAAUAAAACGUAUCAUUUUAUAAUUAGACAUUUUUAUAAAUACGAAUGGAGAAGAUUUGGUAUCAAAAGAAUAGCUCAUUGCAAUGAAAAUGGUGAUGUGUAUGAAAUAUCUAGUGAAGAACUAAAUAGUGAAAUUCCAAAUUCCGUUAAAGUUUGGACCUCAAAAAAUCUUGGUCAAGAAGUGAAACCGUUGCAAUUAAACGAAGUAUGUGAGCUGAAUAAAUAUGGACCCAAUUGUUCGGAAACAUGUUCAAUAUCUCCAAACUUUUGUCAAGGAUUUCUAUUCUGUACAGAAACUAAUGAAUGCUCUUGUGCUUCAGGAUUUACUGGACGAUUUUGUGACAUAAAAUGCUUACAAGGAACGUAUGGCCGUGAUUGUAAAAAAAGUUGUUCUGAGAAUUGCCUUUCGUGUGAUAUUCAUAACGGAAAUUGCGCGGGCAACUGCAAAAAAAAUUUCGUUCCACCGGAUUGUACCGAAAAAUAUCCAUGGCUAAUAAAACCACCACAGAUCAUAUCGUCUGAUUACCACUCCGUAAAAUUAAAUACUAGUUUUGGAAGUGAAAAUAUAGGCGGCAGCCAAAAAAACAAAAUUUCGUUAUACCAAAUAGUGUACAAGCAAUCAUCCGCUAUGUCGGGAUUCCAGUAUACGGUGUUUAAAGAAAUUCAAGAUUCCAACUAUGCAGUAGAUAAAAUUGACAAUUUAUUGGUAGAAACCGAGUACACGUUUGGAGCCAUUGUGGUUACGGAAGACGGUAAUCUUAAUGAUGAGGAUACAAGCAUGGUGAACUACACAAUAGAUUGUCAAGUUCCCACUAACAUUGAUUAUGGAAUAGAGCUUUCUAAAGGUGCCGAAUAUAUCAAUGUCACUUGGAUAAAACCCAAUACCAACAAAGCUUAUGAUUGCGAAAUCAACGAAUAUAUGUUAAAAUUAAUGUACAAUGAUGAGUACAAAGUGGUGUCUACUAAGAACUUUAACUACACGUUUGACAACUUAAUACCGGGUUAUACAUACGCUGUUCAAGUGACCGCAAGGACAAUGCAGGGACCAGCUCAGCCAUCAAACAUAUUUUAUGAAACUUUAGACGUUCAAGGGUAUAUUGGUAUCCAAAACAUAGCUGUUAAAUUACUUGAUUCCGAAACAAUUGGAUAUGUGACAUGGGAAUUAAUCGAUGCCUAUAAAAACGCUUCUAUAAAUUACUUACUUAAAUAUAAAAUAAAUAGACAUUUUAGCUGCUCUUUUCCUAAUACAAUAAAAAGUAAUUGGUCCACAGUUGUCAUAUACAACAAAACGGAGUAUAAUAUAUUGGGUUUAAUACCGUAUACCCAGUACAUUAUACAAGUGCAUCCGAUUACUGAAGGUUACACUUACGGCGAUGACGAAAAUGUGAUCUUCAAAAAAACCGCAUCUUCGACACCAAAUUUAGCACCCACUCUUGAUACCAGCCAACCCAUAAGUAUUACUAAUGAAACAACUACGAUUAAAUGGUUCGUGGAUAAUAAAAACUGUAAUAAAUUAAACGGGUUUCCAACAGGCUUCCAUCUAAUACUGAAGAAUUUAAAAGAUUCCACUCAAACAGUUCAUGAGACGGAAGAUGCCUCAAUCGAAUUAACCAAUCUUGUUCCCAAUACAGAGUAUGAACUUCAAGUGUUCAUUAAAACAAAUAAAGGGUUCAAUAUUAAUUAUAUGCUUUCAGUUCCUUUUAAAACUAAAGGAUAAUGUAUGUUGCCCACUUAAUUAUAUGUACUAAAUCUAUAUAAAAAAAAUUAUGUUGUUGUGAUUUUGUAACAUCUAAUUUAAUGUUAAUAAUUAACAAACAGAAGUACCUGAUUUAGAGUAAACCGAAACAAACAAAUCAAAAGUAAAAAGGUUUUCUUAAAAUUACAAUUAUUAAU